AGAUGUCUGAUGAUUGUGAUAUUUUGGGACCUUUAGGAUUUGCAAUACAAAUUUUAUUAGGUGUGUUUUCAUUCUUUAUUUUGAUUUGUAAUUAAGAAUUUAUAGGUUAGAUAAAAGAAUUGUAGAAAAACCUAAGAGGUAAUGGAAAGUGUGGGGAUUAGAUACAUCAAAAUAAGGUUGUUCAUAAAUCUUUGCUCAUUUCUUGAAUGUUGCAUUAGCUAUACAUUUGUCAGGUGAAUCAGAUGAAUGUGUUUGGUAGCUAAUAUUUAAUAAUUAAAAGGUAUUUGGCUACAUUGUUAUUGGAUACAACAAUGGGUGUAUUAUUUAGUUAUAUAAUCCUAAAAUUAGUUGAAUUUACAUUGGAGCAUUUUUAAAUGACAGUAAGAUAACAAUCAUUUAGAAUUAUCGUUCAGGAAAUUAUUUUUUGAUUAUUAUGCCAGACGAUCAAGUUAAGAAAAAUGAAAUGAAUAAUAAAGAUAAAGUUCCAGCAGGCACAAAUCUUAUUAAGCCAAUCAUUAAAAUCGAUUUAAAAGCAUGGUUUAUUCAGUUAAUUUUAUGGAUAAUAGUUGUGUCAAUUGUAAAAUUUCAUUUUUAUUUAAAUUUAGUCAAAAUUCUUCCUUUAUUUAUUGUAAUUAGCAAUUGGUUUCAUUUUGGAAAACAUUUCUUAAUUUAUAUUAUCUCCAUUUUCAGAUCUGACGACUAUUAAAUUAUUAAUUGUUAUGUGUAUUAUUCCUGUUUUUAUGAAUGGCUUAUAAGUGAGUAAAUUAAGAGUUAUUUAUAGUUUUGGGUUUAAGAUAAUUUUUUGAAAAAGACAGAAUUUACUAUUUAAGAGAAAAAAUAUGUCUUAAGUGAAAUGUAUGUAGAUGAAGAAUUAACAAAUUUUGCACAAUUAGACAAUUUUGUAAAUAAUCCAGUAUUUAUUAUUAAUUAAAUUUCUGACUUAGGAAGUUAAAAGUGAUAAUUGUUUAGAUAAAUUACAUAUAGAAAUACCAAAUGUAGGUGUUCAAUAAAAGAUCAAAGGAUAUCAAAAAGCUGAUUUUGAAUGA